AUGUUCAGCAUACUAUGUCUCCUCCUGCUGGUUGUGAGCCUGUCUCUUCAGCAGAAAGACCCUUUGAGGGACUUCUGUCGACGUUUCGGACACCAGACUGCGGUUGUAGACAGGAAGCUGUAUAUUGACGGAGGUCUGUUAAAUUGGAAUCCGAUUGCACAGAAUCCUAGAAAUUACACCAACACCGAGCUACUCUUCCAAGACCUCAACAGUAGCCCAUCUGGUAUCGAAGCCCCCCAGCUCUACGCGAAUCUCACCAAGAACUUUACAGUUCCGGACGUCAGUGGUGGAAUUCUCUGGCAAGAUGAUGUCAACAAGAGAUUGUACUUGUAUGGCGGAGACUACCAAGACAUUUCGCCAAAUUCGCCCAACCUGCUCGCAUAUGAUAUUCUCGGAGACAAAUGGGAUUCAUUUGGUCCACCAGACAGGGCUGUCAGCAGUGUGUCUUACGGAGGUGGCGUAGCGGUCCCGGCCCUCGGCCAAGGUUUUAUGCUUGGUGGAUGGAUGAGCAAUAAUUCAGUGCCGGGCUGGUACGGCGGACCCUUGGCUUCAAACUCUCUGAUCAAGUACGACAUGAAUAAUAAUGACUGGACGAAUAAUACUGGUCCAACAGAUUCGGUCCCCAGGGCUGAAGGCGUGAUGGUGUACGUCCCGGCAAGUGAUGAUGGACUUUUGGUCUAUUUUGGGGGUGUUACGGCACCGUUCAAUAACAAUACUGCGAUCCCAGCUCCCAUGUCUUUAAUUCACAUCUACGAUAUUCGCAGUUCAAAGUGGUACACGCAGCACGCGGUUGGGGAUGCUCCUCUGUCGCGGAGGAAGUUUUGUGCUGGGGCUGUGUGGGCACCGGACCAGUCGUCAUAUAACAUUUAUUUGUAUGGGGGUAUAGGCUUUGGCCAAAACAUAAGUGGAUUCGAUGAUCUGUAUAUUUUGAGCAUGCCCACUUUCACGUGGAUCAAAUGGUGGACGGGCAGUGAUGGCGGUGUACCACAUCACUCACUAUCGUGCAAUGUUGUGGGCGGCCAGAUGCUCAUAAUUGGAGGCUCAUUCCCUCUGAGCGACAAGUGCGAUUCCCCAACCACCUGGGGAACUCACAAUGUAGACCUUGGGAAGGUAUCGGGCCGCCAGUGGAAUGACUACAAUGCCAACCUUAGCUCCUACGUCGUUCCUCCUGAAGUCAUUGCGGUGGUUGGAGGCUCAUCUUUAGGGGGCGCAACAGCCACGGCUCCAGCAGCUGGAUACGAAAAUGGCGAUCUCAGCGUCUACUUCGCCCAGAAAGCCUCGUUCGCCGUCCGCACGCCUACCCGGACGAUUCCAGGCGCAACCAGUUCCGCUUCUCCCAGCACAACAGCCCAGAAGCUCCCCACCGGCGCCAUCGUAGGAAUUGCCGUCGGAGGUGUCAUCCUUCUCCUCGCCCUCUUAACCGCAGGCUGCUGCUUCGUCCGCCGCCACAGACGCAAGAACGCACCUCCCCCAGCAGCUGAAGUAGCCUACAAUUCCGCCCCUGGCUACUCUCACUCUCCAUUCUCACCUCACACUCCGCAAACUCCAUACUCCGACUACGGGCAUGAGCCAGUGACCCAGCACUACCAGCUCGCGGCCAACUCACCGCCAGCCGAGCUCUCGGGCCACAGCUUACAGCUGCACCCAGCCGACCCGAAGCCGAAUGUCGUGCAGGAGGUUGGGGAUAGCCCGCAUAACGCGUACCCGCCGUCGCCGCCCCAUCACAUCUCGCCGGUGACGUCGCAUCAAUCAGACGGGGCUGUCGGUGCGGUGGGGUAUGCCAGUCCCUCGCCGACGUACUCUAGUGUUGGGAAUGGGAGGGUGGGGAGGAGACCGGUGCCUGCAAACCAGACGUUCUACUCGCCAUGA